UGUUAAUCUUUAGUUAUGCAGAGACAGCUGGGCGGCUCAUUCCAGCAGCCGCCUGUCCAGCUACCGCCGGCUCCUCGGAGAGCUCUUCCCCUCAGGUGCACACAUUCCUGUGACUGGUCCAGCGUUUCCUUCUGACACACACAAACAGGAAGACUCUAUGAGAUGCAUAAACAACUCAUACCAGUGAGACCCACCGACAACUUCCCUGUGAAGGCCCACGAUGGACCUCAGCCCAAGAAAUACCGCUAUGUGCGCAAAGAGGGCAGCUGUAACGUGGUGUUUCGCCACGUUCCUGAGGAGUGGUUGCUGUUUGUGACGGACAUCUUCACCACCUUGGUGGAGAUCCGGUGGAGGGUGAUGUUCCUUAUCUUCGCCCUGUCUUACAUCCUGUCUUGGCUUUUCUUUGGCAUCCUGUACUGGGUCAUGGCUCUUGCUCACGGUGACACCAGGAACGUCACGAGUGAGCCCUGCAUGUACGAGGUGCGCAGCUUCACGGCCGCUUUCCUCUUCUCGCUGGAGACCCAGACGACCAUCGGCUACGGUUACAGAGGGAUGUCCGAGAACUGCAUGAUCGCCAUCAUCAUCGUCACCAUACAAGACGUCAUCAGCUGCUUCAUUGACACCUUCGUCAUCGGCAUCGUCGUCGCCAAAAUGGCCUCGGCCCGGAAGAGGGCGCAGACCGUAGGCUUCAGCAACUGCGCCGUUAUCAAUCUUCGCGAUAGCUACCUGUGUCUUUCCUGGAGGGUCGGGGACUUCCGCAGGCACCACCUGGUGGAGGGCACGGCCCGCGCCCAGAUCGUCCACUCCACGGUGCACGCGACAGGGAAAAUGGAUGUGACCUACGAAGACCUGGUGAUCCAGCAGAGGGACGUCAUCCUGGUCACGCCUACCACCGUGUUCCACAGGAUCGAGACUGGCAGCCCGCUGUACAACAUGAGCUUGGUAGAUCUGCGGAAAGCGGACUUCGAGUUAGUGGUGUCCUUCACCUACACAGACGACUCCUCCGGUAUGUUGCAUCAGUCCCGCACCUCGUACACCCCAGCCGAGAUCCUCUGGGGUCAGCUGUUCCAGGAAAUGAUCAGGGUGAGCAGGAGGCACUACAGGGUGGACUACACCUUGUUCAAUCACACUGCCAAGGUACUGGUGCCCGAGGUCAGCGCCGAGGAGUACGAGCACAAGAAGCAGUGGCGGCCCUCGCCCCGGCAUACGCCGCGACAUUCACCCAGAUCUUCCCCGCGACCUUCUCCCAGAUCUUCCCAGCGGAAUUCACCCACAUCUUCUACACGCCAAUCUCCAAAGUCACAGCAGCGGAACCAUUAUGAAAAUCUCCUGAAACCCCCAAUGGUAACUGUGGAACUUGUCAACGACAGCCAUAAACCACCCGAAUCGACCUCCUCGGGAGACCCUCAACAUCAAGACAGGUUGACUCUGCCAAAUGACCUCACAAAUCUAGUAAUAUGAGAAGCAGAACCAUGAAGUUUGAGGCCAACAUUCAUUAAGAAGUUCUGACUGCUGAAGAGAAAUAUUGACGAUGCUACUGAAUCUCAUUUACGGAAUGAAAAAGAUAAGGGUUCUGGUUUUUGUUGGUUAGCAUGUGAUCUUUUUGAAGUGACACUUCUCCUAUAAUCUGUCUUCUGAGUAUCAAAGACUGAACCUUUGUGGGCUUGAAUAAUGGCGUCUUCAUUCAUUCCAACGAGAGCUGCUCGUCCAGCACGUAGAAUACAUAGGCUAGCCGUAGCCCGGGGAUUGUUCACAAUGUGUAGCCGGCUAGCAAGAACGCUACCAAAGAAGUAGCCGACCAAUGACCUACAUGAACUUGUGAUCAUCGCCUUACAGACCAUAGACGCACCUUGUAUGUCUGCAUUUAAAAGCUCCACCUUCUUGUGCAAAAGACGGAAAACACUUUAAUAUUUUUACAUCACAUUACAGGUCAUUUAGCUGCCGCUUUUAUCCAAAGCGACUUACAUUACAUUUUUAACCAAUGGCUUUUUUUACAUUUUGCCCGGGGAGAAAUUAGGGGUUAGGUGUCUUGCUCAGGGACUCUUCGACAUGGAACAUGGGGCAGCCAGGACUCCAACCACCAACCUUGGUGUUCCCAUCACACCCCCUCUACCCCUGCACCACAACGACUCCAUAACAUAUUAUACAUUACCAUAUUAACACAGUAACACAUUUUAACAUAUUAGACCAUCCGUGACACCGCAAGCUCUUAACAUGCUAGCAUGUUGGCGUUUAGCGGAUGUGUUGUUUACCACCUUAGUAUGGCUUGCAAACAUUAACCAACAUUAAAAACAAAGUGUAGCUGAGGCUGAUGCGAAUUCAUUCGCAGGUAUUUAGUCAGAAACCCGAAGUUGAGUCAUGAUUACGCAACUUGGUAUCCAUCACUAGGGCGGUGCGGUUCUCCAUAGAAAUCCAACUUCAGCUCAGCUUCAGAAUGCGAUGGAACGUCAUGUGCGAGGAUACGAACAGAUCAUGUCAUGAAGUUACAGGAGUGUGUGAGAAGUUUGUUCAGAUGUUCUGCCACCUUUCAAGCCCACAGGGACUCUGUAGUUGCUACACAGGAUAUAAAUGGUUGUUUGUGUCAACAUGAAUACAACAUACUAUGAAAUAUAGACACAGUUAAAUGAGUCUUGGUAGAAUACUCAGAAUGAGGUGGUUGUGGAUUUGAGGGUAAAUAGUUUAUAGUGUAGAGGCUGAAAGAAAAGUUGCUUUUUACUUUAAGUAGUGCUUGUGGGGUAAUUGUUCUAUUAACUGUUUAUUAACUGAGUUCAAAUUGUAAAAUGAACUUUAAAUCUUAAUCUACAAGCCAGCGUGGCUCCAGAACGGUUACUAAAAUGGACUUUGUGGUGGGAUUUUCUUGUAAAUUGUUGAUAUUAUUUUUUUAGGGUUGUGUGAAUGGAAAGGUAAAAACUUUUUUACUGGUUUCUACGUCUUAUCCUUCAUGUUACGUUAUUUUCAUUAAAUAAAUAAAGUUUAAAGUAAAAAAAUG